AUGUAACACAAAAUGCAUAAUGAGCGCUUCUGAUUCUCUGAUAUCCAAGCAACCAAGUUUCCCGCCCUCGAAUGGCCUCCGGUUGCCAUUUCUUCUCCAUUCCUAGUCCUCGUAUGCGUCCCAGUCGCCGUUGCCUUCGUGCUUCACAGAGUCCUCUGCCGCCUGCUUCCGCUCUCUCUUCGUCCGUUCCAGAAACCCUAUCUGAGAUCCGUAACAGCCGCGUUAUAGCGUGUCUCCGAGCCAAUGGUGGAAUGUUGGCAAUGGAAGCUGCUCGUGCUGCUCUCAAAGGAGGCAUAUCAGUGCUUGAAGUCAUGUUGUCCACUCCAGACGCAUCAAUGGUAAUACAAGAGCUUCUGAAGGAAAAUCCCUUUUCAAUAAUAGGGGCCGGGGUUGUCUUGAAUGUUGAUGAUGCAAGGGAAGCAAUGAAUGCCGGCGCUAAGUUUCUUAUGAGUCCUGGCACUGUCAUAGAAAUUUUACAUGAAGUUGAAGGUACUGGAGUCCUCUAUAUACCAGGAGUAAUGACGCCUACAGAAGUUUUGCGUGCAUUUGAAGCUGGUGCAAAGCUUGUCAAGGUAUAUCCAGCAACAAUUUUAGGUGGUGGCAAAUAUAUAUCUGCAUUGAAGAGGCCUUUUCCUCAUAUUCCGAUUGUUGCUUCCCAGGGCAUCUCAAUUGAUUCAAUAAAUCAAUAUAUAGAUGCUGGAACGACUGCAGUGGUACUAUCAGAUGCUAUAUUUGAUAAAAAUGCAAUGAAGCAAGGGGAUUUUGAUACCAUACGCAGACUUGCAGGUUCGGCCAUCUCAAAAGUUGCCCAAGCUGGAAUAAUACCUCAACAACAAGCAUCAACCCACAAAAAUUGAACAGCCACUGCAGAGAAGAGGAGGGAGACUUUUUAAUGUUAUCAACAACUCGGACCUAAUUCUGGUGGAUGCAGACCUUUUCUCUUUAUGCUGUUUAGGGUGGUAAUUCAUUCAAUUGUAGAGAUUUUGUCAAAAAGUUUUAAUGAUAUUUAUAUGAAACUCCGUGAUAUUAUGAUUAAAGAGAAGUGAGUUGAGCGGUUGAGCCUAUUUUGCUCAUGUC